AUGAUUUUGUAUUUGUCAAGAAUUGAAAGUGGAACUCAUGUUGAGUUUGUUUUUUUGACAGUUAGGAAACCUAACUGUGAUGGGUAUGGAUCUCUAUGUUAUGAUCCUCGCUUUGUGGGUGGUGAUGGUGUGAUGUUCUACUUCCAUGGUGCUAAAGACGGAAAUUUUGCCAUUGUUUCUGAUGAUGAGUUCCAAAUAAAUGCUCACUUUAUUGGUUCUCGACCACAAGGAAGGACUCGUGACUACACAUGGGUGCAAGCACUUACCGUCAUGUUUGACUCGCACACUCUUGUUAUUUCAGCCAAUAGAGUGUCUCAUUGGGAUGACAACGUUGAUUCUCUCACAGUGAAGUGGGAUGAUGAACUAAUCAAUCUUCCAACUGAUGGAGAGGCUGAAUGGAGGGCCAAUGGUGAUGAAAGAGAAGUGAUUGUGGAGAGAACAGAUGACACCAACAGUGUGAGAGUGAUGGUUUCGGGUUUGGUUGAGAUGGACAUAAGUGUGAAGCCUAUUGGAGAGAAAGAAAACAAGAUUCACAAUUACGAGUUGCCACAAGAUGAUGCUUUUGCUCAUUUGGAGACACAAUUCAGAUUUAAGAAAAGCACAGAUAACUUCGAAGGAGUUUUGGGUCAGACUUACAGGCCAGGGUAUGUUAGCCCAGUCAAGAGAGGGGUUCCUAUGCCAAUGAUGGGUGGGGAAAACAAGUACCAGACUCUCUCUCUCUUUUCAACAUCAUGCAAACUGUGCAAGUUCCAGAGGCCAUCCAUCAUAGCAGGCACUGAAGGACUUGUUGCUCAGUAUUGA